CCUCUUUUACUGGAUUCCCAGCAGCUGCUCAGCUAAGUGUCAGCAGGAGGCACCAAAAGAAGAAGCAAGUCAGAAAGCCAAAAAGUGGGAGGAGAUCAGAUCCCUGAAGGGCUUUUGGAGCAGGAUGAAGUCAGCAGCACCAAGUAAGUGGUAGGACUCUGGUCAGUGCUCUGCCAGCCCUCCUCUGGCCCUGGCUGCAGAAAAAGAGAGCAAAGGCAGCCCAGGUGGUAUUACUUCUCUCGUUUGCAUUGCACUGUGGCAGUUGUUGAUGUGCUCAGCUGCACCGAUAACAGAAUCUUCUGGAGACCCAGAACUCAUCCAGUUUAAAUGGAAAAACAAGGAAUUUGUUGCCAGGAUGAAGGUGGAGAUCGCUGAUCUGAAGGAGUUGAUGCAUACAGAUCUCAAUCUCGGCGCUGAUAAUCAGCUUCUCUUCAUGCAGGGAUUUCUAGGCAUUGGGCAAGUAGAUCAUUCCCAUUGCCAGGUAGCAACCUGUAAUAUGGGAGGCUGUUUCAAGCAGUUACAGGCAGGCCUGCAAACCUACUAUGGCUACCUCUCACACAUUAAACAGAUCCUACCGAAGUAUGCUAACAGACUGUCCGCUCUCCAGCUUGAUACCUCAAACCUGUCCACCAACAUCCAACUGCAGAUGGAAGAAAGUAGUUUGCCUGUUGUCACCUACCCACAAACGGAAAACCAGCCUACCUUUCUGCAGGUUCAAAGAGAAAUUGGAAGCUAUCUUGUCCUCCGCAAAUUCAUGAUGUUCAUGGAUAUAAUUACACGAGCGCUAAACCACUGCAUUGUGUAAUAUGAUGGGUGAUAUGGAGGAUUCUCCCAGGAGACCUUGGCUGGGAGGAUGGUUCUGUCUGGCUGUUCUUUUACCUGAGAUAUGGACUAUAGCAGAUGGAUACUGUUUUCCUGGCAGCAUUGUUUUGACUGACAGGACUACUGAAUUUUAGUAUUUAUUUGUUUUUAACAUAUUUUUUAUGGUGUAGGAUGAAACAGGUUUUUAAAAAAUUCUGGCAACAACCAAGAGCCAGGUUUUUACUAAUUUAUUUGUUUUUCUCUGCCAUUUUUUCCCAACAGGAAAAAAAAUAUGGAGGAUGACUCUUGGUACUGAACUCAUCUCUUCCUUUAUCGUUGUUGCCUAAAGUUAAUGCUGAAUUUCCCCCCAAUUUUGUGAAGUUCUUCCAAACACACGUUACAGACCUUUGUCUAUUUGGCACAAAUACUUAACGCACAGCAAUGUCGUUCCUGUUCUUGUGAUUUUAAAAACUCUUAAGACAUUCAGAGGCUGACAUACUAGUGACUUUUACUACCUGUUUUGUUUUUAAUUAUAGAGUAUUCACUUGCAAAAACUCUGGUAGUGUGGAAUUCAUAUAGUUGCUAUCUAGAUAUCAAGCAUUUGGAAUUGGCUCAUCUAAAAUAUUUUAUAACAUGGCUGCUUUGGAUGAACUUCAGCAAAUGUGCUUUGUCUGUGAUGGCAUGGAAAACCCAUAACUUAUUUGCAUUGACAAUUUUCUAGUGGAAUAGCCUUACAAGUUGGUUUUAGUUGUUUUUUUAUUUAUUAGGUUUAUUUAUUUUUAUUUAUUGAAUCUUUUUUAAAAAGCUUCAAGUUUCCCAUGUUAGUCUUUAGAUCUUUAAUUUCUAUGAUACUAGGAUAUUUAUCAUUUAUUUAAUAUUUAUAACUAUGCUGUCAAUAAAUCUUUUGGGUUUAAAGUGAUUAUCAGUCUCAGCAAGCCUUGGACAUGCAGGGUUUGAUUCUUGCAGUCUUCCUGUGGCACAUAUGUUGAGAUAUACAAUGUUAAACUACUGUUUAAUAUUUAAACAUAAAAGUACUGGCUGUGUUAGUAGCUGGACUAAAUUGCAAGGUGAUGAACAAGGAGAGUUCCUAGUUCUCACCUCUGCAAAGUUCUUGGGCAUAUGAUCUAAUAUAUCUCCUCUUAGGAAAUGCUUAGCAUGGGGUUGGAUCCCGAUUUAGUUGUACUUAGAACAGACUCAUCCAAUUCAGAGUUCAGAAAAUGUACUUUUUUGAACUACACCUUCCAAUUCUUCUCCAGCCAGAAUAGAAAAUGGACAGGCUAGCUGAUGGAUUCUGGCAUCUGCACUCAUAAAAUAACACUCCCAGGCUCUGCAUUCAGGGCCUGAACAAACAGGCCAAAAUAAAGCUGCUUCAGCUCACUUUGGAGGUGUGCUGUUUAAAUGAUGCAUGCAUCUUAAGAGCGCAGCUUCCCGCCUCUUAAGAUGCGUGUGUCAUUUAAACAGCAUACCUCCAAAGUGACCUGAAACAGCUUUAUUUUGGCAUGUCUGUUCAGGCCCUCAGUUAAUGAAACCCCCAUUGUUUUCAGUGGGUCUGUUACUUGUGCAAUGAGAUCUGGCUCCAGCCCCUGGAUUGCAAUUAUGCAUGUUAAAACAGGGUUAGUAGUGAAUAACUUUGAAAUGACUUCUAGUAUUUGCCAUGGGCCUUUAUUGCUGGGGACAAAUGCCUGAAGUAGAGACGGUGACUCUUUAUUUUAUUGGUCAUCAAUUUCUUUAGGCUGAUGGCCAUUGCAGCCCAACAAUAUCUAGAUGCUACAUGUUUCCCUGUCUCAAAUACUUUGCUGCAUUACUUUAAUUCCUAUCUUCAUCUGUCUUUGGGCAGAGAACCUUGGGCCUUCGGAUAUUUUGGCUUACAGCUCCCAGCA